UAGGAACAGAUAUCAACCCGUUCCAAGAAGCCAUCCGGAACAUCUAGACUGCUGCACAUCAACAGCACGGAGGCGGCGCAUGCUUUCCUUUCCGUGCAUGCUUUGCUGUCUGUAUUACGGCGCAUUCUGUAUUUCUGUACAUAAUCAUUGAAAGGGAGCUUUCCCGGUGACAUUUUGCUAUUUUUUGUAACCCAUUAACUGCCUUUUCAAAAUGAAACUACUCACGCACAACAUGUUGACUUCGCAUGUGAAGGGGGUGACCAAAGGAUACCCACUGCUAAUCAAGGCAACGGAGGUGAAGGUGAAUGAGGUGGAUUUCAACCCGCAGUUCAUCAGCCGGAUGAUUCCCAAAAUCGAGUGGGCCGCCCUCAUACAAGCAGCUGACGGGCUUGGACACCUACAGGAUCUUCCCGGUGCAGUUGCUCCAGACUUUGAAAGCAAUGAGGACUUUCUACGAAAGGUUCACAGAGCUCUCCUGGAGGUGGAGGUGAUCGAGGGAUGUCUCCAGUGCCCGGAGUCAGGCCGAGAGUUCCCCAUCACAAGAGGAAUCCCCAACAUGCUGUUAAACGAAGACGAUUCCUAGGACACAUGCAGAGUAAUAUGUUGAUAUACAUAUAUAUACAUUCAUAUAGAUUAUGUUUAAAUAAUUUCUGUGCAUACCAUCUAAUCGACAAUGUCCUUGGGGUGUUUUUUUGUAAUGUUGGUUUAUUUAUGUUUUUACUGAUGCUUUUAUGUUUGUUCUGUUAACAAAAUAAAAGAACAUGUUCGAUA